CGCGUUCUGUGUACGUCAUUUGUGCGUGCGCGCUCACACUACUUAAAAUGGCUGCGGUCUGUGCUGUACCUAAACCGAUGCUUUUCUGCAUGUUUAUUCUGUGAAGAAGCUGCAGAACAGGCCACUGCCUAUGCUUAACAGGCUGCCAUCUUUUGUUAAGUCGUCAAAGCCAACGUCAAAGAUGGCUGAAGUGCUGAACUUGAACAAUGAGGUUGUGAAGAUGAGGAAGGAGAUAAAGAGGGCGAGGGUGUUGAUCAUCCGAAAGCUCACCAGACAGAUCGUGAAGCUGAAGAAGAAAAAGGGGAAGGAGGCCGAGGUGGAAAAGAACCAGAGACGAGCGGCCAGGCUGCUGGAGGAAAUCCAUGCCAUGAAGGAUCUGAAGCCCGACAAUGUCACGAAGAUCGCCCUGAUGAAGAACCUCAGCUUCGAAAAGGUCUGCAAGAACCCCGACUCCACGCUGUCGGAGCGAGCGACUGCGCGGAUCGCCACGCAUCCGCAGAUCAGCAAGAGGAUCCAGGAGAUCAAAGCAGCCGUCGAGGCCUUCAAAGAUGAACGGAAAAAGCCUGCCGGCAGUAAGGCCUCAAAGCCUGAUAAACCUGCAGAGGACCCAAAGAUGGAUGAGGUUAAAUCAGAUGAUUCAGAGGAGGAUGAGGAGGACAAGAAGGAGAAGGAAGAGGAGGAGGAGGAGGAGGAGGAGGAGAAGAAGAAGAAGGAGGAGGAGGAGGAGGAGGAGGUGGAGGAGGAGGAUGAUGAUGAUGAUCGUGAUGAUGGUGAUGAUGGCGGUGAUGUAGAAGAUAAAGGGGAACAGAAAGAGGAAGGGCUUGGUGCUGCCAAGGACAGCUCCAGUCCGACUGCAGAAGAAGGGCCUACUGUCAAAAUGGAUGAUGACAUUAAGGUGACGGCAUCAAAAAGUGAAUUAAUGGGUCCCCCAGAGGAGGCUGAGGUGCAGCCUGAAGAAAAGGCACAAACCCUCAUAAAACCCCAAAAGUCCCUUGAAACUGCAUUCAAGUUAGAAGACUCAAAAACGCCACAUACUAAGGACAAGAGGAUCCAAAAGCCUACAGAAAACAAACCGCCUCCACAGAGUCAGUCAAACUCCAAAAUGGAGAUCAAGAGCUCUACAGCAAAGGGGGAGAAGAAGGAAGAGGAAAGUGACUUGGACUCAUCUGACGACGAAGAGGAGAAGGAGUACUUCGACGACAGCACAGAGGAGCGUUUCCGCAAGCAGUCGUCCCAGUCCGAAGGCAGCGACGAAGAGGACGACUUCUUCCUGGGAAAAGUGAGCAAAUUCAAGAAGAGGAGAACUGGCCCUGGUGUGGGAGAGGUGAAGAAGGGCGACGGUGACCGAAACGUUAGUCGGGCGGGUGCACCGAAGGGGGAGGCAGAGGGGGGGUGUGGAGGUGAGGGCUCGGGCCUGCAGGACUCAAAAGCAAUGAGGAUGGAGUCUGUAUUCUGCAGUACUUUGUCAGGGUCGAAAGGGGCCCCUGGGAACCGCGGGAGGGGACCCAGUGCCAUCUCAAAGCCACACAGAUUUCAGAAUGAUAGGCGAGGGCAGACUUGGACACAGAAAUCAGCCCCGUUUCAGAACCGAGGUGGCGGGCAGGACAGAAAACCGAUGUCCAGAUUUCAGAAUCAGAGAAGGGGAGGUCCGCGUGGUGGCCCCCAGGUACAGGACAGGGGCCCUGCUGCAGCGAGGGCCAGGCCACCGUUUGAGAAGCCCAGGGACCACAGAGCUGCACCCGGGAGAGCUUCCAACCCUUCCCAGCAUACACAGCAAGCUCUCCACCCCUCAUGGGAGGCCAGCAAGAGACGGAAAGAGCAGCAGGCCCAAAUUACAGCCUUCCAGGGAAAGAAGAUCAAGUUUGACGAUGACUGAUCUCAGUCUCAGUUUGGCGAUGACUGAUCUCAGUCUCAGUUUGACGAUGACUGAUCUCAGUCUCAGUUUGACGAUGACUGAUCUCAGUCUCAGUUUGACGAUGACUGAUUAGCAGUAUUGCUGCUGGAUUUAUGUUGUAUAUUGAAAGAAUAACAACAAAAAAAUUCAUAUUGCUACUGCAGUUUGACAGUUUGCAAAGUGAAUAUUCUGGACAAUUUUUUAAAGAUUUCAACUGUGAACAUGGUGUACUAUAUUAUUUGACAGCAUUAAAUUGCUGCAAAGUAUUCCUAAAUCAUCUAGGCUAUAACGAUUUAAUAUCAGUCUUGUAUAAUUGUACAUGUUUUCCUUUUGGUAACACCGAUACAUGUUUUUAUGCUAAAUACAAUAAUGCUUUAUGUUAUUUUUAUUUGUGGUUUCUCACAGUUGUCAUGAUUGUGUAUAAACGUAAACCAGAACAGCAAUGGUGAUACAAAUGUGCUUUUUUAUUUAUCAAACAUGAAAUGAAUGCCUCUAACCUGUUUAUUGGAAAAAUGAAAUCAGUUCUUGCUUCUCUCAUCAAACUUAACCAUUUCCACAUUUGCGUAUACCUGAAAUACCAUGCUUUACUGUCGUGAGAGAUGGAAUAUACUGUGCACUAUGUUCAUUUGUUGAAUGUACAUUUGUGAUACUGUUUAUUUAAGAGAUUCCGUUUAUUUUACUUUUUUCCGAUUCCAUCAACAGCACUUUUAGUUGAUUUACUGUUGAGUGAAUGCAGACUCUGUAUUUGAAAUCACUCCUUUCGAUGGUUAUUUUCAUAGUUUCCAGGAAGGAAAAUUGCUUUGGCAGUAUUUGAUAAUGGUUAGUCUGACAGUGCUCUGUGCGAGAUACCACAGUUUCUAUUCUCGCACACAAACAUUUGCUCUAUGUUGUAUUCUCAUUAAGGCUUUGAACUGGGCUCUGGGUGAUAAAAAUUCCGUAAGAAAGA